AUGGUAAAGUUAGCAGUAAAGAUCUUUGCAGAGACAGAAGAAGUACAAAAUAUCUAUCCAGAGCCACACAAAAUAUGGUUCUUCAAAUUGAAGUGUUCAAACUGUUUAGUUUUAACCGAAAACCAUAUCGGUAUCGAUCCAGAAGAACAAAUAGAACAAAGAAAAGACACAGUCAAUCUUUUAAUAAAAUGUAAGAAUUGUGGUAGAGAAAACAGUGUUGUCAUUGAGAAUGUGAACGGUUUGAAAGAACGCACCUGUGAUAGUGAAGAGAAGAUGGUGGUCGCCCAUUUCGACUGUAGAGGUGUCGAAUUAGAAGAGUUUGAUCCAAGAGACUGUUGGGUUGUUGUAUCGUCAUCAGGCAAAGAAUUUCAUAAUGUAGAUUUAGAAGAGGAUUGGAGUGAAUUUGACGACCGUAGCUCCGUCUCAAUGAAUGAUGUUAUGGAUCUUAAUUGUCUAAUUAAACCAACAAUUAAGAAACAACAACAUCAACAUCAACAGAACCAUCAACACCAACACCAGCACCAACAUCAUCAACAUCAUCAACAUCAGCAUCAAUAUUCAGAUUCUCCCGACUCAAAUUCUAAUUCAAAUUCCAACUCCAAUUCAAACUCAAAUGUCGCUGGCAAUAACUCAAAUUAUCAAACGAUAAUAUCCAUAUCGCCUAUACCCUCGUCAAAUAAUUCUUCACACUCGAUUCCAUUGCAUCUGUCAUCACCAAUGACAAACAAAUCGUCAACAUCAUCAUCAUUGUUGUCGUCAUCAUCAUCAGCUUCAAACACUACAAAUCAUCAUCAACAUCAUCUUCAAACACUCCAGCAACAACAACAAUCUCAUCAACAUCAUAGUAAUAACAACAACAAUGCACACCCACAUUUAAACUAUAACCAAUUUUUCUAUAAUAAUAAUAAUAAUAAUAAUAAUAAUCAUAACAAUCAUAAUAACAAUAUCCAGAGUACAACAUAUAAUCAAAUAUCAAAUUCAUCUAAUUAUUAUAUACAUUAUAAACAAUAUUUAAUUAAAGUUUCACUGGAAGGUCUCAAUGAUUUCUUGGAUUUAAAAGAUAGAAUCAACGAAAUACUUUGCUUAACAUCACCUUCAUAUCUGAUAAAUUUAUUUUACAUAGAGGACGACAACAGUAAUACAAAUAAUAAUAUACCAAUAGAUCCAGUUUUAUCACUAGUAAAUAAUAAUAAUAAUAAUGAUUUGAGGUUCCCUUCUGGUACCCAUUUUCAUAUAGAUAUCUCUGUGCCGAUCGGUGACAAAAGAGUAUUACAUGACAUAGAAAUAGAGAAUCAAUAUUUAAAGACUAAAAAUAAGAAAUUGAAAAAGAAACUUGAAGAAAAACAAAGAGAAAUCGAACUGACAAACGAUAAACUGAGACUUUAUAAUCAUUCAUUGUAUAUUGGAGGCUUAAGAAAUGGUGACCCGCAUUCACCGUAUGGCGGAAGUACAAACAGUGGCAAUGGUGGUGGUUUGAAUAACAAUAAUACCAACAACCAUUCGCAUUCCAAUGGUAGCAAUAGUAAUAGUAGUGCAUCUCUACUCGAAUUCAAUAGUUUAAAUAAUGAAGAGCAAAUCAUUGAGCUGCACCCCUAUAAUAGUUCAUCGUCCACCAUAUCUACACCGAAGCAACAACAGUUGAUGCAGUCAACGACAGCAACAACAUCAUCGACCUCUCAGUAUUGGAGGUCUCCAAGUAAUACACCAUCUCCUCUACUUUCAUCUUCAACUUCAUCAUCAAGUAUCGGCAUUUCCUCUAAUAUUUCUCAUCACAACAACAAUAACAAUAAUAAUAGCAACAUUAAUAAUAAUAAUAUUUAUAAUUUUCUGAAUUAUCCAUUCGAAAUGGAUAAAUUCUAUCCAUGUAAAAUAGACAAGUCUUUCCUUCAUCAAAUGGCUAUGAACAAUCAUCAAAACAUCUAA